CCGGUAGAUCUACAGUUCCUCACGAACUACCCCAUCUGAGUGACUGAAGGCGCAUGGCGAAAGCAGAGCGAGCGGUCGCGAACUACCCCGGAGUGGCGUCGACGCCGCCGCCGCCGGCGACGUGGUCGGUGACCGCCUGCCUGACUUACCGCGGCGGGUUGGAGAUCCGCGCCGCCGCUGAGAACAUCCUCCCGGGGUGGGGCCAGGGCGGCGAGCGCCUCUCCUUCCUCGUCCGCCUCCCCCGCCGCCUGCGCCUCGCCGUCACCUCCCAAUGCGGCCGCGCUUCAGAGCCCGAGAAGAAGCCGCGCACCCUCAAGCUCCUCCACUUCCUGCGGAACAGGCUGCCCCGAGCGCCGCGGCUCCCCUCCGUUCUCCGCCGCAAGAAACCGCCGCGCUCCGCCGACAAGCCGGGCUCGCACACUCCGGCGAGCCCCUCUCUAUUGGAUCGAGCGCUGAUGCGGCCGGCGACGACGAGGGCUCUCUGCGUCGUCGGCGCACUCGCCGUCGCCGCGGCUUCCGUCGCGGCGCUUCGCAUCAUGGCCGGAUUCAUGAUGCCAAGCGCGAGCUGUGGGUCAUGGAGAUGUUUCCUGGCGAAGAAAUUUGUCAGGUUCUUGGGGCCUCCUCUCUUUGAGUGGCUCUCCAAGAUUAGUUUCAGGUUCUUGGAUCCCCCUGCUCUCUGCGAGUGGCUGGGGCACCCCAAGCUCAGCCUGAAGUGGCUCUUCAACAAGUAGGAGUAGAAAUUUUCCUACUGGCAUAGAUUAACCCAGAUCAAAUGAUACCGAAUGUAAUUUGGUUUAAUUUAUUACAUUUACUGAGCCGUUUGAUUGUCUUAAUGAAGAUCAUGGAAAAAUAUUUACUCA